AUGGUUCAGGGCAUUCAGAUGUUUGGUAAAGGCCAGUACAGCCAGGCGGUGGACUUCUUUACAGAAGCCAUCUACUGCGACCCCAAGGACCACAGGUUCUAUGGAAACCGCUCCUACUGUUAUUGGUGUCUGGAGCAGUACUCGCCGGCCCUCACCGACGCUCAGAGGUCCAUUCAGCUGGCUCCUGAUUGGCCGAAGGGGUACUUCCGUAAGGGGUGUGCUCUGAUGGGGUUAAAGCGGUUCAGUGAGGCAGAGGCGGACAUGGAGCAGGUGUUGAAGUUGGAUCAGCACUGUAAGGAAGCAUCCAGUAAACUCUUCACCUGCCAGGUCCUUCAGCUCAUGGAGUUUGGUUUCGAGGAGGAGCAGAGUAAAGCGCUGCUGGAGAAGUUCACCAGCGUUCAGGCGGUCAUCGACUCACCAGAGGCCCAAAGUAAGAGCUCGGCCGCAAAACCACUUGUGUCCACAGUGAGGCAGCACUGA